GGUUCCCCGACCCAACUCUCAGUAUUUGGAAUUUACUUCUUCCCCUUCCUCUGCUCUUCACUUUUUUUCGGCACGAAUUGAUCAAUUGCUGAAAACAAGGGUGUUCGUUCGAAGAGGGCCGUCGCCUCUUCAAAAGCGUUUGUCCGAGAUUGUCAACGAAUUGGUAAAACGCCCGGGAAGCGAGUUAGUAAAAUCUAUAUACGAUUUUUAUUGAAAAGCAAUCAAAGGGCGAUCAUAAUCGCCAAAUUGACCAAGAAUGGAAAUUUAUGACCUUUUUAUUCCAAUCUUAAUUAAAUCUGCUAUAAAAGAAGGUGAGUGUUAUCAAUCAUCUAAAACAAAGGCGAAUUGACAAAGAAAAGAAUUUCACAGCAAGAAAUGGCAGAUUCAAUUCUAGAGAUGGUGCACCGGGUUCGGGCGAACUGAGCUGAAUAAAGAGUAAAAUUGCACGGAGAUUUUUACUGCUCUGUCGAAAAGAUAAUUUGUUUGAGAAGCCAAUGGUGAAGACAGCCAUCUGAAACGAAACCAACCGAUGAAAUCACAACUCUUACCAUCAGCGCAGAUAAGUAAGCCCAUGAAGAUUAGAAAGUAGGAGAUCGAUGAAGUCACUUCAACCGUGCUAAGAAAUGUCUGCUGUGAUCAAGAGCCCAAUCUGGCUACCAAUCUUUACUACGGAAUUUCUUGUGAUAGUGAUAAUCAACGUGCUCACCCUGAUGGCCUUUGCUAGAAACCACCGUCUACGCAAUCGCAGCACAUAUCUAGUGAUGAACCUGACCGUGGCCGAUCUAUUGGUGGGUUGUCUUACUGGCCCUGCGUUCUUGCUCAACACGACUGAAGAAAGUGUUAUAUGGCGAAAUUACAUCACAUUUGCUGCCUUAGUCACAUUUCCGAUUGCUGCCCAAUCUAAUCUUUCGCUCAUUUGCCUGGAGCGCCUGCACGCAACAGUUUUUCCUUUCAGGCAUUGCUUACUUGGAAGAUGGUUUUAUUGUAGAAUCAUAACAGGCAGCUGGAUUAUUUCCUCAGUGAUGGGCUUUGUGGUAGCCCAUUUGUUAUUUGAAGGCUCUUAUGCCGCAGAGUUCGCCUACUUAUUGGCUUCAUUCACGCUGUUCAAUACCCUUGUCCUCACAGUAUCAUACAGCAUUGUUACGAUCAGUGUCCAAAAGAGCCCUCAAUCCCAGCAUCGUGGAACAUCAGCCAAAGAAAAAAAACUAACUGUGACAUUGUUCAUUGUCAUUGGAGUUUCUGUUCUCGCUAUGAUGCCUGUUACCCUUUACAAGUUUCUGCCAAUCAACAUACAAACAAAGCUAGCUUCAGAUCGUUACAAACACGUUGGCUAUGCAAUAGAUGUGAUAUAUUUCACCAGUUCCAUAGUAAAUCCUAUUGUAUACGCUAUAAGACUGAGGGAGUUCAGAAACACAAUACGAAAAAUUUUAGGAAAGCAAGGAGAAGCUGGUGUGGACUUUACAUCGCGCAGUGCGCAAUAAAGUGACUUUUAGUGGAAACACACUCGUGAACAUAAAGGAACAACAAUUCAAGGGCUAACUACAAUGGAAAAUUUCUGGAACAACGACAAUGUAAGUUCGAAAUGGAAAAUGAACAGCUGUUCCGUCCUGGCUGUGUUCGCUCUUAUACGGCGUGACAGCCUGAAAUAGAGUAGCCUGUAUACAUAUUAUCCCAUGAAUGAAAAAUGACUCUGUUUAGAUAGGAUUCUUUGCAUAUCUCAAAUAUAUAUAUAAGUAUUCUCGUGCAUGGUGGGUCUCGCAAAGCCACUGUACUCUAAAACAUUUUGGGUUUAUCAACUGAGUUGAUAAUGUAAAUUGGCUAAUGUAACUUACAUUAUAAAUUCAGGGGAUAAACCAAAUUAUCUAAUAAUACUUUCCACCCCCCUCCCCUCCCCCCUCACACGCAGCACCAGAGUUUUUUAGACACUCACCCGCUAUUAGGUCGUUUUUAAGGCAUACAAAGUGCAAUAAGUAGAAUACGUUGAAUCCGAAAAAUAUGCUGUCGUUAAGAAGAAUGAUUUGCUUGUAAAUGUUCGUUCAGUCAGUAAACUGGAGUGUAGGCAAAUGCUUAACACAA